ACCAAAAGUGAAAUACUUUUUCCUGAAUUUAUAUUCUAACAUAUACAUAUGUUUAUACAGAAUAUAUACAAAAUGAAUACAAGGUAAUUUCAGGAGGAAGGACUGGACCUGGGAAAGAUUUCCUGCCGAAGCUCUCUCUCUUAUGCUAACAUUAGAAGAAAAUCAGAGGUUCCAAGAGGUGGAGAGAACCAACCAGGCAUGGGGGAAAGAGUUUAUGCAAAGGUACAAGAAAGGGAAGAUAAGAAUGUCUUGUAGGAGGAAAAAAUACAAAAUAGGCAAGUUUGGCUAGGCCAUAAAGAAGUAUGUAAAGGAGAUUAAUGUAUUAAAAAGAUUAGUUAGGAAAGGGCUAGGAUAUGAAAGUUUAAAAUGUCAAACAGCAGGAUUUAUAUUUGCUCCAAGAGGGAAUAGAAAGCAUUUCAAAUUUUCAUCAGUUAGUGGGAAACAUUAGACCCAUACUUACUAAAAAUUAUUUUGAUAGCUAAGGUAGGCAAGCAAUGUCAAUUAGGAGGCCAUCUAAAUAAGACAACAGAUGAAGAGUCUGAACUAGGAUGGUAGCUGUGAACAGAGUGAAGAGCACAAAUGUAGAAUCAAGAGGCCUUAGUAAUUGGCUGUGUGGGAUAAGAGGAGUUGAAGAUAAUGGAGGUUGUUAAACUGGGUGUCUGGAAAGAUAGUGGUCUUUUGACAGAAAUUGCAAAAUUUGAUAGUUUAGGAUAAGUUUUUGAGGAAAGAUAACUUCUCUUUGGGGCACAUUUGAGAUGUCUUGUUUGAUAUGCAGUUUGAACCUAGUGGGCAGUCGAUGUUAAAGGACUGGAGCUCUGUAGAGCUACUGGGGCUGAAUCUAUAUAGAUCAGGAAGUCAUUUGUAACAAACAUAUAAAGUGAACUAUGGGCACCAGGGAGGUUACUGAGAGAACCGAGUGAGAAAAGAGGCAAAACUAGACAGCAGCGCAUUUUGGAGUGAUCCUCAGAUAUGUAUUAGCUGUGUGAUCCUGGGCAAGUCACUUGUUUGCCUCAACGUCCAGAGGGAUUGUUAGGAUCAAAUGAACACCAAGUAGACAAUCUAUAAAUGGUAUUAUGACCAACUUUGUUAAUCUGCCUAUAGUGAGUGAGCUUGACAGGAGUAGUCUCGUUUGCAGGAUCCCACCAUCUCCGGGCAAUCCCACCUCUCCCCACACGUCAAUACACGAGUUUCUCCGGCAAGCACACAUUUUGCUCUGUCUUCCACUUUGAUGUUCCGGACAGGGUCACUGAACAAGGUUAUCUUGGCCGGUUUUGUCUUUCAAAUUCUGGCGUACCAUUUUGACAUUCCAUAAGAUACCAGAAGAAGUUCUGAUGAGUUUUUUCUGCGGCUAAUCCUGGAGGCUGGGUAAUUGUGGCAAAACCACAGUAAUUGAAUCUACCAAUUCUAUUAUGAAAGUUAGGUGAUAGAAUUGAUCACAUGUUGGAUGUCAAGUUUUUUACAUUUUUCAGUCUUGCCAAAGGAAAGCUUGUCUAAAUCACAGAAACAGUCAAAAAAAAAAAAAAAAAAACAAUCUUAAAACAAUAGAAUAAAAACCUGGGCCUAACUUGAGAUUUCUUCCUCAGCGAUAGAUAAUUAUCAUCUUAGACCUGAUUAAGUCAGGGACUUUUGCAAAGCCUAGCCCACAGGAGCUUAAAAGCUCUUGCCCUCUCCUGCGCCCCUCCAAGCUCAGCUCGCACGCACUUCUCCCGGCCCGGGACACGCCGCAUCACUCCCGGUCCUCAGCCUCGGAGACCCGGGUCGGCCCGUAUCUCGCUGGCUGGGGGAGGGGAACGAUCCAAAACUCCUCCUAAUCCAGCCCGGGAGAGGGGAGGAGCUCGGGCUUCCCGCCGCGCCUCGGUUGGUCCGCACGCGUGGCCUCGGCCGACCUCCGGGGCCCGCUUCAGCGAGGUGCGGAAGCCCGGACAGAGCGGCAGCGGCCACGGGGUCCUGAGAGCCCGCGCGCUCCACAGCCGGCGCCCGUCAAGCCCUGACGUGUGGGCCUGUCUCCUCCCUCCCCGCUCCCCGCUCCCCGCUCAUCGCUCGGAGCCGGGUAAGGGGGCGGGGCCUCGGCCCUCCAGCUGAGCGGUCCGGUCAGACCGCGCCAGUUUGAAUGAAGGUUCCACAAGAUGGCGGCGGCCGCGGCCGGAGCGCGAGGAGCCUGGUGUGUGCCUUGCCUAGCUUCACUUGAUACUCUUCAGGAAUUAUGUAGAAAGGAAAAGCUCACAUGUAAAUCGAUUGGAAUCACCAAAAGGAAUCUAAAUAAUUAUGAGGUGGAAUACUUGUGUGACUACAAGAUAGAAAAGGAUAUGGAAUAUUACCUUGUAAAAUGGAAAGGAUGGCCAGAAACUACAAAUACUUGGGAACCUUCGAGAAAUCUCAAAUGUCCAUUACUUCUUGAACAAUUUUAUAAUGACCAACGUGAUUAUUUGUCUCAGCUAAAGCAAGGCAAAGCAGUAAUGUUGAAAAAUGAUAUCAAAAGUUUGAAGCCUGCUAUUGCUGAGUAUGUUGUAAAGAAGGCUAAACAAAGGGUAGCUCUGCAGAGAUGGCAAGAAGAGCUUAACAGAAAAAAGAACCAUAAAGGAAUGAUCUUUGUUGAAAAUACUGUUGAUCUGGAAGGUCCACCUUUAGACUUUUACUACAUUAAUGAAUACAAACCUGCUCCUGGAAUCAAUUUAACAAAUGAAGCCAUAGUUGGUUGUAUGUGCACAGAUUGCUUCUUUGAGAAGUGCUGCCCUGCAGAAGCUGGAGUUCAUUUGGCUUACAAUAAAAAAAGGCAGAUAAAAAUUCAACCUGGCACUCCUAUCUAUGAGUGCAACUCGCGGUGUAAAUGUGGGCCUGAUUGCCCCAAUAGGAUUGUUCAGAAAGGUACACCGUAUUCACUUUGCAUCUUUAGAACUAGCAAUGGCUGUGGCUGGGGAGUGAAAACCCUUGUGAAAAUUAAAAGAAUGAGUUUUGUCAUGGAAUAUGUUGGAGAGGUUAUCACAAGUGAAGAAGCUGAGAGACGGGGGCAGCUCUAUGAUAAUAAAGGAAUCACAUAUCUCUUUGAUCUGGACUAUGAAUCUGAUGAAUUCACAGUGGAUGCAGCUCGAUAUGGAAAUGUGUCUCAUUUUGUGAAUCAUAGUUGUGAUCCAAAUCUUCAGGUGUUCAACGUUUUCAUUGAUAACCUUGAUACUCGUCUUCCUCGAAUAGCACUGUUUUCCACAAGAACAAUACAUCCUGGAGAAGAGCUUACUUUUGAUUAUCAAAUGAAAGGUUCUGGAGAUAUAUCUUCAGAGUCUAUUGACCUCAGCCCAGCCAAAAAGAGGGUCAGAACUGUGUGCAAGUGUGGAUCUGUGUCUUGCAGAGGUUACCUCAACUAAAUUUUCAGGAUAUAGGUCUAAAGAUAAAUGUCAUGGUUCUUUUUGUUUGUUUUUUUACUUAAAUCCCAUCUUAGAAAAUGAAUUUUUUUUAUAUUUAAGUAUUUGGGAUAUUUUUAUAUAUGCUAAAUCAAGGUUGUUAUGCCUCAUGUUUUCUUAAUUUACAAUUCAUUUCAAAACCACAUUAGCCAAAGACCUUACUGAUGCUUAUUAAUGUGAAAGGGUAAACACAGGGUCACAAGAGUAGAUCUUACACAGACUAGUCAAGUAUAUCAGUGCUUAAUAGUUGAAUGUCAAGCCCAUUAGGAAAAUAAAACUACUUAAGGAUUAGGGUUUUUGUUCAUUCAACAAACAUUUAUUAAGCACUAAUUGUGCAUGGCACUAUGCUAAGCACUGGGAAAAAUAAAAAGUUUGGAGAAGAUACCAUCCCUGCCCCCUUGGAGCUUACAUACUUAAGUUUAGUUAUGAAAAUGCUGCUUUUGAAUGUGUAAGUGUUAUCAGUUUAGGACUAACAUUCAAUUUGUUGAGAAAUAUAGUUAGUUUAUUUAAUUUGGACAAUGUAAAAAAAGUUCUAUUUUUGUUAAUGUAAUUUAUAUGACAUCCUUAUUCACCUGCUUAACAGUCAUACAUACUGUGUAUGUACUUAUUGAAAAUAGGUGAUAUCAAAUUUUAUACUUUUUUUUUCUAAUUUUUAUUAAAACAAAUUGACAAGUUACUGAUCCUAAUGUUUGCUAAGGUGUAAAAUUAAAUGUAAAACAAUAGAAUUUAAAUAUCUUGAUUUCAUAGUUUAGAGAAGUUUGUAGCAUAUAAGGUAUAUUUCUUCUGCUUUUACAAGUGGUUCUUAAACUUUUUUCAUAGAGAACAAUUAAUUCUUUUAAAAAGUACUGAAUGGCUGGCCAUCAUAAUUAUGUGGGAGGAAAAGAGUGGGGUUUGGGACCAAAGGGAAAGUUUCUAUCCACUAAUAUUGCAGCAUCAAAGCCCUUUGCAGCACUCCUCAGAAGAACAGAUUUACAUCCUGAAACCCCUCAUAACUCCACUGAAAAUUGCAAGACCCUGUUUGAGAACUACUGAUCUGUAUACUAUAACCAGAUGUCACCUAAAGUAUUUUGUGUAUUUCCAUAUUUGCUAAUGUUUCAUAAUAAGAAAAUUUUUCUAAUACAUUAGUAUUACAUCUUUAUUCAGACAAGUUUUAAUGUACAUGCUUUGUUAAACCUAUAGUAUUUUUAUAUUUUCUACAGGCUAUUCUUUUAAAAAGUGAUAUAUAUUUUAGACUGACAUUCUGUACAUGAAUCUUUUCAAAAUGUGAUCAUGAAAGCUAAGUUUGGCCUGGCCAAGAAUAGUUUAUUGUAGUAGUUCUAAAUUAUGGGGCUAGAAUUAAAACUGUAAAGAUAAAAAUAGGAUAAUUUUAUCACAUGGGAACCUAAAAGUUGAAUAAUUUUUCAGCUGCAUUUUUCUGGUUCUGGGAUUGAUUCAUUUUGAAUUCUAAACACGGUGUUCAACAUGAGACAAAUGGUACAAAAGAAAUUUAGUUCACUGCAUUCCUAGUCAUGUCUGCCCAAGCCUCUCUUCCUUGACUACAGUGACCCAAAAAUUGACUGGGAUAAAAACACAACAAAAAAGCAAGUUAACAUUCAUUUGCCCCUGUAUGACACAGAAUCUAUUUAGGGAAACUCUGCUACUCAUUUGUGAAAUCACUCUUUGUUAAGAAGUGUGCAGUUAGCCAUACAGCAAACAGUUGUUGCAUUAAAAAAUUUUCAUUAUACUUUAGGUUAUUUAUAUUUAUGAACUUGAAACCAGACUUAAAGCAUUUAUGAAAUGGCUAACUUGAAAAGGACUUUUUGUGUGUCUGCUUACAAAUCAUUUAUGUGUCUUUAGUCAAUAGUGACAAACUGGCUUCACAGACUUAUGCUUAGGGUGCUAUUUAUUGGAUAAAUCCUGGAGGGGAUGAAGGAGUUAUGUCCCUUUCCUUUCAAAGAUGUAAUUUUAAAUAAUUGUUAAUGCAUUUUUAUUUUUAAAGACGUUAAAUGGUUCGUGAGAUCUUACCUCUUCGUUUUAAAAGCAAAAUUUGUGGAUAAACUGGGACAAAAAGUGACAUGAAGUCAGCAAAUCUUCAUGAUUAGAAGUAUGUGAGCUCCAUUAUAUUGUCAUCAAGACCAGAAUUUAUUAUGCAGCCAAACAAAUGUAGUAACACUGUUUAAACAAAAUAACUGUGCUUUCUUGCCAUUUUAAAUAGUGAUUUGUGUUUACCAUUUAGCUACCCACCAUAUAAUUGGCAGAUACCUAAGGAAUUUGAUAUUUUUCAAAUUUAAAUGAUUUUCAAAUGUAAGAGUUUGAUCAAGUUUAAAUUAAAUUAAUGUACAGGUUAUACUAACUCCAUUGUUUUCAGUGUAUGUAAAUGGAACUGUGUUAGAAAUACACAGUUGGUAAUCUCAGGAAUGUUUUUUUUUUAAUAGAUAUGCAAAUUUUAGUUUGUAUUUAGUGAUUCUUAAAGCAUUUUUUCCAUAGUUUUUGACAAAAUAAAUUUAAUUUAGUUUGGA